UCAAGUUUGUUUGAUUACCGCACACAGCAUUCAAACUUUAGUAAAGAACAGCGGCCUCUUCAGUAAAAUGAAUAAAGCCCAAGUGAGCCUGAUGUUUCUCCUGUUGAUCGAAUUGUCAUGGAGAGGCGCAACAGCGGUCCCCAUGCAGGAGAAGAUGUGCCCCAGCAGCUGUGUAGCAGACUACAGGCCUGUCUGCGGCACUGACGGCCGCACGUACCCCAACGACUGCGUGUUACGCAGCACCUCCUGCCAGAACGCGGAGGCCAAAGAAGUCACCGUUUCCCACGACGGACCGUGCGUUGAGUCAACCAAACCCAGCGACCCGUGUCCUCAGACUGUCUGUCUAGAAGUCUAUCAGCCCGUGUGUGGCAGCGACGGCAAGACAUACCCCAACAAGUGCCAGCUCCAUGCCUCCAACUGCAAGAACUCGGACGUAAAAGAAGUCACCAUUUCCCACGACGGGCCGUGCAAGGAGAUUCAGCCAAAAAGACCGACCGACCCAUGUAUGAAGAUUGUCUGUUUACAAGUCUACGAUCCCGUGUGUGGAAGUGACGGUAAGACCUACCCCAACACCUGUCGACUCGAUGCUUUCAACUGCGGACGGCCAGCUGACAAGAUGGUCACCAUGGCACACCUUGGAGAGUGCCCGGUAAAGACACCGAACGCCAGGUGUUCUGGGAAUCUGCCGUGUCCGUUGGGUUAUCGUCCAGUGUGUGGAAGUGACGGUAACACCUACGACAAUGAGUGCUGGCUGCACACGACCAACUGCAACAAGUCUGCGAGUGACCAGAUAUUUAUAGUUUCAACUUCAACAUGCGAGUCACAUUUGGCUUAAGUUUGAGCUAUGUUUGGCCUGAAGUUUGAGCUAUGUUUGGCCUGAAGUUUGAGCUAUGCUUGGCCUUAAGUUUGAGCUAUGUUUGGCCUUAAUCUGAAUCACUUUGUCUUAAAUUUGAAUCACGUUUGGGUUAAAUUUUAAUCACUUUUGGCUUAAAUUAAAGUCACUUUUAGUUUAAAUUUAGUUCACUUUUGGCUUAACUUAAAAUCACGUUUGGGUUAAGCAUAGAAUUCACGUAAGGCUAAGUUCAGUAAUUGUUUUAUUUUGAUUUAUUAGUAAUAUUAAUAAUUAUUAGUAAUAUUAAUUUAAAAAUUACUACAUACAAUUUUCAUUUUUUUUUUCUCAAAUUUCAACAUUAAAAUUUCAGAUCUACAUGCAAUUAUUAUUUUGAACAUUUAAAUGUGUACUUUUUUCAGAUCUUAAUAUGUUUUAGUAUGCGUUGAUUCAAAUGUAGAAAAAACUUUAUUUGUGUA